AUGUCAUAUUCAGAGCCGAUCGUAGCGUUCAUUGGAUGUGGAAACAUGGGAGGCGCCAUUCUACAUGGCGUACUCGAUGCCGCAUUCUCAAGCAAAGCUUCAGACUUCAUUAAGAGAAGACCAGUAUCCAGGUUCAUUGCUUGCACAAAGACAGCCCCUUCGGCGGAUCGGCUGAGAGCUUCCAUUCCGACGGAGCAGCAGCCUCAUAUCCAAGUGAUGUCUUCCCAGGCUGUGCCUGUUCAGGUCAUGAAUCAUGCAGAUAUUGUCGUGCUCGGCUUCAAGCCAUUCAUGGCCGAGGAUGUUCUCAGUGCUGAAGGUGUGAGAGAAGCGCUUGCUGGAAAGCUGGUUAUCAGUCUAUUAGCCGGACAGACACCCCAGAACCUGGCCAGGAUUAUUCGUGAGGGUUCGACAGAUUUAAACGGAGUCAACUCUACGAACCCAGUCAUUGUCAAGGCUAUUCCGAACAUGGGCGCGCAGUUCCGUCAGUCGGUUACUAUUAUCGAGACACCUGAUGAGCCAAUUCCCGAGCAUAUGACUGAGGUAGUGGAGUGGAUGUUCAAGCAAGUUGGUGAGAUCAAGUACCUUCCCCAGAGCCAGAUGGAUCUUGGCUCUGUGCUUGUUGGUGCGGCGCUCGCAGCUAUGACUGUACCUAUCGAAGGCAUCCUGGAUGGAUGUGUGGCCGAAGGACUGAAGCGAAAUGACGCGAUGGAAAUGCUUCUGGGGGGUUUACGGGGACUCUCUGCCGCUUUGGAGUCUGGUAUCCAUCCCGCAGUUCUUCGUGAGAGCAUCUCGUCCCCGAGGGGAUGCACAAUUCAAGCCCUUUUGACGCUAGAGAAGGCUGGAAGCCGGGCAGACUACGCGGAAGCCAUCAUCAAUGGCACGCAGCACUUGAAGAAGGCAGAUAAAUAG